AGGUAUGGUGUCGCGAUGCCACCCCUGUUUUGGAGCGGGCGCGGCGAAUGGCGGGUCCCAAGGCCCUGGCUUCCGCCGGCGCCGGAGGCUGGACUUGCCGCUGUCCUUGGUCGUGGGGUCGUAACUGGCACCCGGACCGCAGCAUUCAAGAUGAAUUUAAUUCAGAUGGUGCGUGACCACUGGGUACACAUACUUGUCCCUAUGGGAUUUGUCGUUGGAUGUUAUCUAGACAGAAAGAAUGAUGAAAAGCUAACUACCUUCCGGAACAGGAGUUUGUUGUAUAAAAGGGAACUGAGACCCAAUGAAGAAGUCACCUGGAAGUAAAGGCUGGAGCUGAAUUACAGAAUGUUCACAGUUUUUAAAUUUUGAGAAAAAUAAAAACAUUUAAUUUAAACAA